ACGUUUUUGAAAAGUCAACAGUCAUUUAUACUUUGUAAAUAUGGGUGGCAAGAAAAGGUCAGAAGAGGAGAUAGCCGCAGAAAGAGCCCAGAAAAGUGCAGCCAAGCAAGCAGCCCUGGAUAUGCAAGCCAGAAUUGACAUCGAAUUGUUGCGUCUAACUAAGCAAAUGAACCCUUUUCAAUAUACCGUCAACAAACGUGUUCCUACGUGGAUUGCAAUUGCGAAGGAAAUGAACAAGAAGAUUGAUGGGCAAACGUUUGAGGAUCGCCGUUGUCGAGAACGUGUGGCUAAGCUCAUGAAAGAUUUCAGAGCAAAGCCUCCGACAGGCACUGGAACCGAGCCACCAUCAGAGACCCAGACGAUACUGGAAUUUUUGAUUGAGGAGGAAGAUCUUACCAUCAACAAUAAAGUGGAAAGCAAAGAAAAAGAAGAAGCUGCAAGAGUGUUGACGACUCAAGUUCAGCAAGCUGCCCUAAAAAGACUGGGACCACGAAGUGAUCCAGAAAAGACAAUGACCCAGGAGGACUUGGAAGAACAGUUUCCGGAAGGAGUUCCGCAGAAACUGAAGCGUCGAAUUUUGUCCGUGCCGGAAAGCCCGCCACCAGCGUAUAAGAGACGCCAUACAGCUGACCCCACAACGGAUUAUUUGGAAAAGAAAAGAGAGCACCAGCUGGAAGAAUUAAGGCUGAAAAAGGAACUGCAUGAACAAGAGAUGAAAGAUCGCGAGGCAGAAAGAGAACUGAAACGGGAAGAGCUUCAGCUGCAGCGGGAAAAGUUGGCCAUGGAAAAGGAAGAACGCAAGCGGCGCUAUGAAUUAGAUCGGGAACAUAAUGCGCGUAUGUUUGACAUGAUGAUAGCAUGCAUGCAAAAAAGGGGUGCGCAUGAUGAGGACUUGGAAAAGGAAAAGGGUAACAAGGAAAAGGAGCCCCGCUUGCGGAAAAGUAUAAGCCCCUAAAGUUUAGCGAUUACAGUAGAUUCAAGCGCGAACCCCACCCCAUCCCCAUUUCCUUUAUUCUGUUUUUCACAAAUAUUUGAUCGAAUUAUUACAAGUGAUUUUCGUGAUAUGCAGAUAUCCAUAGUUUUGCAUUUGACAGGAAUUAUAGUUUUGGACUAAACGGGUGAAACUGAAAAUAGCCUCUUGACAUCUCACAUUCUAGAUCAGUAUAUUAUGGAUAUUGGAUAUAUUUUAGGAAAUUUCUAAUGAGAAAAUCAUUAAA